GUGCGUGUUGCUUGUCUUCCUGUGAGCCAAAUAUCUGCUGUAACAUUUUGGUACAUUGGCCGGGAAACCGACAGCCGCGCUGGCCCCUUGUGCCACCGUUGUCGAGAACUGACUGAAGCUCCUCUAUCUCCGGCCCCCGCGACGGGAACGAUGGCGCGCCACCAGUGAUGUCACUGCACUCUGACCCUCGUCGGGCCCGGUAGUAGCAGGCCGUUGCCGCGUUCAAGCAGACGCCGGGGGAGGAUUCAGAAAAUUUUGCCAGGGCCAGACGUCUGAUGGGGUGCUUUGCUGACUCUCAUUAUCUGGCUGUGACCUUUCUCCCCAUCCUGCCACAUCACAGAGGCCAGCAUCAACUGGUUGGUUUUGAGAUAAACUAAUGAACCAGUGCAGCACCUCAAAUACAGAGCCUACUGAUAAAAAGAUGGACAAGCCAAAUGAUUCUGAUCAUUAUGAAUCAUGUCAAUAAUAAGAGACCUGGGGUUUCCAAGAGUCCACCUGGAUCAGCUCAUUUCCCAGAGUUCUCGUCCUCAGAGAGAAAUGAAAAAAGGAUCAGCAGAGAUCCCCAAGAUGCUUGCUGCAUUCCAGCCUCAGACCCUCACUUUGACUUAGGGACGCGGAGUGACCUCUCAGGUGAAAAGAUGCUGGGUCUGCGCCAAGAAUGCUGGCCAGUCAGAGAAGCCGAAAAACAAGUUACGCGUGGGGUCUGUGGUGGAGCCGCGGUAGCGACGGGACUAUCUUCACAGCGACUGCCUACUUGCUGGUCUCUGCGCGGGCGUCUAGUGAACAACCGAAUUUCGGGUGUAAGAAUCACAAAUGAGGAAAGACGGAUCGUCCUUACCAACAAACAAAACCUGGAAAACAUCUUUUUAAGAAAUAAACUCGUGACCUUGUCUUUUCAGAACUUUCCUGAAAUACGUCACGGACUGUGGUAGGGAAAGGAUAUGUAACUUAAACGCCCCUCCUCCCCUCAUCCUCAUAGAACAGCCCCCACCAGUUCGCGAAAUGCGCGGAGUCCUGGACUCCAUACAGCGGCCGGCCACCAGAAAAUGUGAAAGGGAGGCUGCAGCGUUAGGGCAACCCCCACGGGUCCUGCCGCCCGCCCUGCUUUAGCUGGGGGGGACACACAUGGCCCGAGUUGGGGCGAGACCUUGAACCCCACCCCUUCCUCCCAGCACCCGCAUCUGGAGAGAAAUGAGAGUGCCCCGUAGAUUUGGGGGAAGUGGUGAAAUCAUUUGUGGCUCUUCUGGGGGUGUGGUGGGCCUGCGUAAGGCCAAAGAAGUGAUGCCUGACGACACCCCCAGGGGGAGAAGACCCUUCCGUGUUACCUGCAGAACCUCAGAAUGUCAGACCUCUGCCUGAGCUCCCCUCCGUUAUAUCUACAUCCCUUUUUAAUUUGGGGCAAGCCAGGCUUCCCUAAGUUAUUUAAAGUAUCUCUAGGAAUUUGCUUCAACGGUUGGGAACCACAGACGUGCUACAGUCCCAUACAGUAGUGGGCCGAGCCCCACACAGUAGUGAAUGUUCUUCUUUGUCAAUCUUCAGAGUUAAUAUUUUUGAAAUAGCGGAAGGCCCAGAGAAAUAAUUGAAUUACCUAGGAUGCCACAAAGAUUAAGUGAUGGUGGCCCAAGAAUUCCUCUUCAGCAAGUCUUAAAAGUAUGAAAGGGCUUUGAAAUCAUUAUAUAAAAAAUAAAAACGCCUGUUUAUUUUAUUGUAUAGCUAGUGCUUUGUGCCUGAGCAUUUCUCACUACAACCUGGGAUUAUUGCCCCACUAUUACACUUGAAGAGAUGGAGACCCAGAGAGGUAGUGUCACUUGUUCAUUAAAAUCAGAAAUUGGACUGGACCCUGGGAAGGUGGAUCAUUUUAUUUUUAAACUUUACCUAAUAUCUUUAAUGGAUCCAGGAUGUCCAGCAAACUAAAGCAGGAA